AUGGAGGGAUGCAGUGGUAACUGGUGCGUAGAUAUGGAUAUUGACGGCCGGGAGGGGAGUUCAUCACAGGAGUUGCUCACUAUCCAGGUUACAACAAUUGCCCGGUGCAAUCAAAGUAGUGAUACCCGUGUCCUGGGGUUUGGUUUCGAAUCGGAUCCUUGGCUGUUUUACCUGUUAACUUUGUGGAUGAGCAGUUCGGGACAAACAAAGGUCGCGAGACUGGUUGCUGACCAUGGUAGCAUUCUGCAAUGGACUUCAUUCGAGGAUCCGCCGGGCCGUACUUUGAUUGAGAUGCUUGUGCGACUUGACUGCGGGCGUGGAAGGGACAGCAAGGGUAGCCGGACUCACAAGACCCUGACCAAUAUCGACUGGAUUGCGAUGCAACUUGGAAUCGGUUUAGAGGGUAUGAUACCCGACGACGAGUCUGGUUACGAGGAUACCAGACCAUGCUACUACAGUUCUGACGAAGAUGAUGAGAACGAUGAAUGA